AUGAAACUCAACGUUGGACAAUAUAGAAAGAGAUUCACUUCUCUUAAAGCUUGGGAAAUUCCUAAACUGCCAUCAUCUUGUGCUCCACCAGGUGUUUGGACUAAUAUCGAUAAUGAUGUAACUCCAUUUUCUAGAAGAACUUGGACUAUUUAUACUAUUAUUGGGUUUUGGGCAAGUGAUUAUUUGUCUAUUACUUCAUAUGAAGGUCCUUCUUCAACCCUUAUUGCUGGUCUUUCUUGGAGAGAAGCUUUAAUCAAUUCUAUUGUAGGAAUGAUUAUUAUUGCCAUUCCUAUGGUAUUAAAUGGUGCUAUUGGUGCCCGUCUACAUGUUCCUUUUGCUAUUUCUGUUAGAGCUAGUUAUGGUUAUUACUUUUCUAAAUUCCCUAUUGUUACUAGAUUAGUUACUGCUUUAUUUUGGCAUUGUAUUCAAACUUUUUCUGGUAGUCUUGCUAUGUAUUGGGUAAUUACUGCUAUUUGGCCAAGUUUCAAUAAGAUUCCAAACCAUAUUCCGGAAAAUAUUGGUAUAACUACUGCUCAAAUGGUUGCUCAUUUCAUUAAUUGGACUAUUCAAUUCCCUUUUAUGCUUAUCCCUCCACAAAAAUUAAAAUGGUUUUUCGUGUUUAAAACCAUUAUUGUUACUGCUGCUUUAGUUGGUGUAGUCGCUGGUAUGACUAAGAUGAGUGGUAGUGCUGGAGAUCUUUUCAAAUUACAACCAGAAGUUACAGGUUCUGCUAGAUCUUGGUUACAUUUAAGUUUAUUAAUGAGUACUAUUGGAGGUUGGGCUACUAUGGCUACUAAUAUUUCUGAUUUUACUAGAUAUGUUCAACUGGGUUCAAAAGCUCAAUAUUAUCAAGUUGCUAUUAUUCCAACUUGGGCAGUUUUUGUUACUAUGAUGGCUAUUAUUGCUUCAUCUGCUGGUAAGAUAGUUUAUGGUCAGUAUAUGUGGUCACCAAUGGAUUUUUCUGCUGAAUGGAUUGCUUCAGGAACUUCCAAAGGUAGAGCUGCUACUUUCUUCUUUUCUUUUAGUUGGGUAGUUGCUAUGAUUGGUACUAAUUUAUCAGCCAACAUUAUUUCUGCUGCUAAUGAUUUAACUUCUUUAUUCCCUAAAUAUUUCAAUAUCAGAAGAAGUGCUGCCGUAUUAACUUUUAUCGCUGGUUGGGUCAUGCAACCUUGGAAAAUUGUCUUUUCUGCUGGUUCUUUGAUUAGUUUUAUGGCUGGAGUAUCAUUAUUUUUAGUUCCUAUCUUUACUGUUAUUAUCGUUGAUUAUUGGAUUGUUAAAAAACAAAAUAUCAAUGUCAGUGAAUUAUAUAAUCCAAAUGGUAUUUAUCAUUAUACUUAUGGUGUUAAUUGGAGAGCUGCUGUUGCUUGGAUAUGUUCAGUUGCUCCAAAUUUACCUGGUUUAGCUGCUUCAGUUAAUGCUAAGAUUAAAUUACCAGUUGGUGCUCAACAUUUUGCUGAUUUAUCUUACUUUUAUGGAUUCUUCAGUGCUUUUGCAGUGUAUUAUUUCUUGAAUUACUUCUUCCCUCAUCAUCCAAGUCUUAUUGAAGAAACUGUGUUUGCUGAUGAAGAUAUGUUAUCUGAAAGUGUUGAAGAUGUUCAGGUAUCAGUUGUGGGUGAUAAACAAUUCUCUUAA